CUUCGUUCCUUCCUUCCAAGCGCUCAACCUCGUCUCAUCUCACGACAGCCGCCACGCAGGGUCGACAAGAUGUCGAAAGCAGGUGGCGCCGCGGAAGAGGUGCCCGUGGCCUCGACGUCGGCUGCUGCCAUCCAAAGGCCAAAGGAGUCUCGCAAGUUGCCCUUCCAGUAUGCCGGCUUCUACCCGCCGCCUCCGCUCAACACCAAGUACGUCUCGUCCUCGUUUCUAAAGACGGAUCUCCAAUCGGUCGCGGGCAGAAUGCUGGCAAACGGUACGAGAACAGGAGGUGCCUCGUCUGGCAAGAACAAGCGCAAAGCUGAGGCGUACGAUGAUGACGAGGAUGGAAGCGGGCAGGAAGACGAAGAAGAAGAUCAACAAACACCAGCAUCGCAGACCAUCAUCAUUCACCCUGGCUCGACGAGGAUCAGAGUUGGGCUUGCAACGGACGUUGCUCCCGUCGAGUGGCCAUGCAUACUCGCACGGAGGCCUCGAUUGGGCGCUCCUCCCAUCACAGCGCCCACGCCAGCUGAACCGGCAGCCGAGGACAAGACGGAAGCUCGUGACGCAGAUGGGAAUGUAGAGAUGAAGGAGGGAGGCGAGACGGCAGAGAGCAGCCAAGGAGAAGGAGGCUCGAAAGAUCCACUGGACUCCCGCAUCGGCCUCCUUCGCAACGAGCUCAAAUCCAUCAUGCGCUUCAUGAAGCUGCGUGGCGUCUCAAACGGCCGUGGCCUGGCAGCGCAGUACAAUCUCAACGCAAAGGCAGAAUCCAUCCCCUCGCACAACGAUUUGGGCGACGAGUGGACGCCAGAGAAGGGCAACGAUGCGACGGAGGUGGAGCUUGGCGAGCGAGCCCUGAAGAUUCCAUCCCUCUCGCCUCCGCCGGGCUCUGCGCCACCCACGUCGACGCGACCUUGGAAGCUCUUCAGCCCCUUUAAGGCAGGCAAGCUCAACCAUGCGGCUUACAUUGAGGCGUAUGGAACCACGGCGGAGCGCAGGUUGAGCGCGGACAUUGCGCACCUCUUUUCGUCCAUGCUCACCUCCCCGCGCGAGGACCUCGCCGCUCCGGGCAAGGUAGAAGAGGGGCGCGGUCACACGCUCAACGGGCUUGGCAUCGCAAAGCAGGACCUGGCAUCCCAUUCUAUCAUCCUCAUUGUCCCAGACCUAUUCCCCAAGGACGACCUACGCUUGCUCGCCGAGGUCAUCAUGGACGACUUGGGCGUUUCGCAGCUCAUCCUUCAGCAAGAGAGUACCGCUGCUACUUUUGGGGCUGGAAUGAGCUCGGCCUGCGUCGUGCAUGUAGGCGGUGAGCGUACCAGCAUUGCGUGCGUGGACGAUGGCCUUUUGCUCCAAGACACGCGCAUGCACCUCGACUUUGGUGGCGAAGACAUCACAGCUUUCCUCUACGAGCUGCUCAAGCGUGCCAAUCUUGCGUAUAGGGAGUGCGACCCGCGGGUGAGACUCUCGGACGUCAAAAUACUCGAGGACCUCAAGCGCCAGAUGAUCACACUGGACGCGGCGCAGAUCGGCUUGUACAUUUACAACUUCUUCCUUCGCCUGCCCAACGCGCCGACGAAGAAGUUCGAAGUGCGCGUCUACGAUGAGGCAAUCCUGGCGCCUAUGCUGUUGUUUGGGCUCGGCACGCGAUUGGUCGACUUCGCCAGGAAGGAGGAGGGUAGGAGGGCGGAGGCGCAUCUGACGAAGCUAAUCGUGGAUGCCGAGGAGGAGGACGAGCCCCCAAGCGUAGCAGCACCCACCGGCGCGGCGUACGCGAGUGACAAGAGGAUGCCUGUGACCGCUGCGAUGCUGCAAGCGGUGAGGCAUCUAUUCCCGCAAGUGGGCGGCGUAGCGACGACGGCGGAGGACGAGAAGGCGGCGGCAACGCAGCCAGCUGAGGAGAACAGCGUGGCACCAAGUCGGGACGCGAGCGUAGCACCAGGCAUGGCUGCCGCUCCUUCCGACCAGGGCUCGGCCGCAGCUCCGAAGCCGAUCAUCAAGCCUCCACCUACAACGACGACGACCAGCAGCCUCAUCGCAACCAGCGGCACCUCGACCUUUGGUGCGGUAGAACGCGCUCCUCCCGGCUUCGACCCGUUUCCCCCUUCCACGCAGCUACCCCUCGAAGUAGCCCUCUACCACUCGCUUGUCCUGUCAGGUAACCCCAUUGCGCAAGGUCCCUUCCCUCAGGCGCCGACAGCAGGGCAAAUGGCAAGCGCCACCGCCCAAGGAGAGGAGAGAGUGCGACGCCUUGCAUCUAAUAUCUUGGUGGUGGGUGGGAGUGCAAGGAUUGCGGGAAUGGGUGGAGCAAUUGAAGGCAGAGUAACGCCAACCUUUGAGAGAGAGUAUGCGGCGCGCAAUCAGAAGGCGCAGAGGGAGUAUGCGGAAGCGCAGCAGAGGGUCGUGGAGCAGCAACAGAGGGCUGCGGCGGAGGAUGUGCUGAAGGCGGCGGCUGCGGUUGGUGGUGAGGGAGACGCGGCGCCCGUAGCGGCAGCCAAGCUUCCGGCUACCCCAAUUCCAGUACCCACAAACCUGGUGCCUCCGCCGAUCAGCGUUAUUCCUCCACCGCGGGACCUCGAUCCUACUCUUUUGGCAUGGAAGGGUAUGGCCGUCCUUGCGCGACUGGACAGUGCGGCGGAUAUGUGGACGACGCAGGGCGAGUGGGCGCUGCUCGGGUGGAAGGCUGUGCGUGAUAAGUGUGUGUUUUUGUAGGCCACGAGACGGGGGGGCAUAGAAUGAGAAGCUGGUCCUUGAGCUGC